UAUGGUUUCUCCUAAUGAUUCACUUAUUUCUGACGAAAUUCUUUGCAAAUCUGAGGAAAAUAUGUUGGAUAAACCUAUUCAUGAUCGAAAACAUUGUGUAGUUUUGAUAGAUGGUGAUUUUUCUAAUGAUCCAUUACUCUGCAACGACAUUCCUGAUAAAUUCAAGGAAACUAUCACAGAAGAGUCAAAGCUUGAUGUCAUAUCAAAUAUUAUUUGUCCUCAUAAUGCAUUUGUUUCUUGUUGGGAACUUUUUCAGUGCAAAGCACGAGUACUAAGUGACCUCGACUUUGAUUACAAUUCGGAUGAUUUCAUAUCAACUGCUGUUUAUUCUUAUCACAAAAACACUUUUAAUGUUUACUCUAGUCAAUGUGAGAAAUAUGUUUUAAAUCAAGCCACAUCAUUCAUAAAUUUUGGAUAUAAAGAUCCAACAUUAUCUCGUGUUGUACGAUAGUCUAAAAGUCCAUGGUUCAAAUUUUAGGUAGCAGCGGUUUCAGUACACAACCGACAUGCUGAAUACACAAUCCUAGGAAGCAGAUACUACAGAGUUUUUAUCCA